GUCUUUUCAUAGGUUACCCCCGAAGACUGCUGUGAAAUAGUUAAUGCUUGUAAAGAAAAUGGCGUCAUACUUGCUGUGGGUCAUGUCAUGCGAUACCAUCCUGUUUCCAGAAAAACAAGGGAGUUGUUAGAUUCUGGUGUGAUCGGAGAUAUUGUCCACAUUCAACACAUGGAGCCUGUUGGAUACUGGCAUUUUGCUCAUUCCUAUGUACGCGGAAACUGGAGGAAUGAAGAAGAGAGCACAUUUUCUCUGCUUGCAAAGUCCUGCCAUGAUAUUGAUCUGAUAUGUUACUGGAUGGGAAAUCGAAGAUGUGUAAAGGUGUCUUCUUUUGGAACUCUGUCUCACUUUACUAAAGAGAACAAGCCCGAGGGCGCCAGCAGCCGCUGCUUAGACUGCACCGUGGAAGAAACGUGUCCUUAUUCAGCGCAGAAAAUAUAUCUGAAGAAAGCUCAACAGAAAUCCUUUGGCUGGCCUGUGUCUGUUGUUUGUAGUAAUGGGGUCCAAGAUAUUGAGUCGCUGACGGAUGCCUUAAAGACGGGUCCUUAUGGAAGAUGUGUCUAUGAGUGUGACAACGAUGUCGUCAGCAACCAGGUUGUGAACAUGGAGUUUGAAGGUGGACAGACAGCUGCAUUUACCAUGAUGGCGUUCACAAAUGAUCUUGGUGCAAGGAAAACCACAAUCUAUGGCACCAAGGGGGAAUUACGCAGUGCUGGAGGGAGUCCUAUUGAAGUGUUUGACUUUGUGAAUAAUAAGAAAACACUGUAUCCAGCGAAGAUUGUAGGAUUCAUGCCUAUGCAUCUGAGCGCACAUGGCGGUGCCGACUACUACCUCAUCAACAGUUUUAUUUCUGCAGUCGCUGAUAACGAUCCCUCUCUGAUUUUGAGUGGGCCAGAUGAUACCCUUCGAAGUCACUUGUUGGUGUUUCAGGCUGAAAAAUCGAGGAGAGAGAACUGUGUGGUGCACAUAGACAAGGAUGGACAAUGAGCAAUGAAGAUUAUCAAAUCUUGUCAAAUGGCCUUGAUUUUACUGCAAAAUUAUAUUAUAAAUGAGUAACAAUAGAAUAUUGCCAAUUAAUAAUAAGAUGCCUUAAAUCAAUUCUCAUGGUUGGCUGGUAUAUAUGACCAUCAGGGGAGCAAUGUGUGCACAGUGUGGGCAGGCGGUCAUGUUUUCAAAGAUUAUUUAAAUGGUUGACCAGGAUUAGAAAAAAAAGGACCUGCUUUUUCCCCCAGAAGAACCUCUACUCUUGGCCAUGGUAUCACAGUUCAGCCUACUAGAUUCCAGACAUACAGUACUAUUUGUGUACAUCUUCGUCUUCUGAUAGCUUUCGACAUAUGCAUUUGUAGUACUACCAUACUUAAUUAUUUUAACGCUUCUUUCCCAGGUUAAACCACUUACACAAUCUUUAGAUCUAGUUUCAAUAGAGAGGCCAGAUGAGAAUAGGAAGCUAGGGCUGUGGCACAGGUUUGUCCCUUCCUUUGAAUGUAUGUAUCUAGAAGAAUGUUUUAUGCUUUGUAAUUGCAAUAAAUAUAUAUUGUAUAUAC